GGUGGAAGAAGGGCAAACAUAAGACAAGAGUGGGGAAUCUCCUGUAGGGGAUAUUAAUACAAGAGAUGCGUGGCAGCACUAGGAGUAGUAGGAGUAGGAGUAGUGGGUAGAAGGAAGAAGGAAGAAGAAAUGGGGUUGGGGUUGAUGGUGCUAGCAUUGGCAUUCACGCCGGCCCUUGCAGCGCUGGCGUGGUGGGCGAUUGGUGGAAACGGAAAUGGAAAUUACAAAGAUUACAACCUUCCUCUGCCGCGGGGGGCCACAGGAUGGCCGCUCAUCGGAGAGACAAUCACCUUCCUUCGAGCCAUCAACAACCCUCACAACCCUCGAAAGUUAGUCGACCACCACGAGCGCAAAUACGGCCCGGUGUUCAGAUCGAAUUUGUUUGGGAGUUCAAAGACGGUGGUGACGGUGGAUCCAGAGUUCAGCAAAUAUGUGCUGCAAAAUGAGGGAAGGCUGUUCCAUACCAAAUACCCGCUGUCAAUGAGAACCAUCAUUGGCAAAUUCAGCAUAUUGGCGGUGCGCGGCGAACUUCAGAGGAAGCUCCAUGGAACUGUUAACAAAUUCUUGAGCGCCGAGAUGCUGAGCUCGGAAUCGAUUGGCUAUAUCCAGAACAUCUUUGAUUUGGGAAUGCGCAAGUGGGAGGGCCACAACAGAGAAUUGCAUCUUCAGGAGGAGAUCCAUAAGGUUGUUUUGAAUUUGAUGGCAAAGAAAUUGCUCGACUUAAAUCCAGAGAACGAUAUGAAAGAAAUAGACAAACUUAGGGCUCUUGAUGACCUGGCAGGGGCGAUCGUAACCAUCCCCAUCAACAUUCCGGGCUCGCCUUUCGCAAAGGGAAUCAAGGCCAGGAAAACGCUGCACAAAAAGAUAAACGAGUGCAUAAAGGAGAGGAAGGAACAUCCAGAAGCGGUCCGCAGUGAUCUGUUGACUCACCUUUUGAAGGAAGCCGCGUUCCCCGAGGAGGUCAUUGCAGAGUUGAUAAUGUCUCUCUUCUUUGCCUCUUACGAGACUUCCUCUAAAGCCCUCACUUUUGCUGUAAAAUUUCUCACUGACAGCCCGCGGGCGUUGAAUGAAAUGAGGGCGGAGCAUGACACCCUGGUGCGCCUCAGUGGCAAUGGAAAGCUCACCUGGGACGACUACGCCUCCAUGAAUUUCACCCAUUGCGUGAUCAAGGAAACUCUACGACUGGGCAACGUUGCGCCUGCUGUUUUCAGAGAGACGGCACAAGACAUCAAAACCAAAGAUUUUGUGAUUCCCAAGGGAUGGGAAGUGUUGGUGUUGCUGAACAGCACACAUCUGGAUGAGAAAAACUACCCCGAAGCUCUCACCUUCAAUCCAUGGCGCUGGCAACACGAACCUCCUCUGGAGCUUUCCAAGGAUCCAUGGUUCCUGUGUUUUGGGGGAGGUGCCAGGUUUUGCCCUGGAUAUCAGUUUGCCAAACUUGAGAUGGCUCUCUUUCUCCAUUGCUUCAUUACCAAAUUCAGGUGGGAGGCAGUGGAAGAAGAUCAUCUACAUUACUUUCCAUACACAUAUAUGGUAAAGGGACUUCCCCUUCGUCUCUCCCCUCUACAGUGACCUGCCAGAUCACUUCAAAUUAGUCGUUUAACUCCCGUCCUUGUGCCCAACUAUUAUAGAACGGGAUGAUCAGGUGGGAGGCAGUGGAAAAAGAUCAUCUACAUUACUUUCCAUACACAUAUAUGGUAAAGGGUCUUCCCCUUCGUCUCUCCCCUCUACAGUGACCUGCCAGAUCACUUCAAAUUAGUCGUUUUACUCCCGUCCUUGUGCCCAACUAUUAUAGAACGGCCCAUGCAACUUCAGCUUGUUGGUUCCUAUAGAGUGCGUCAAAGUAAAACAAGAAGUAAUAUGAAGAUUUAAUAAUUUUAAAGCAUUCAAAAUGUUAAUUCUUCUCACAAUUAGUGCUUCAUUCAAACUAUCAAAAUAAACAAAAGUACGCAAUUAGUACCAUUUGAGACAUUAA